AUGAAGGGCUGUCGGCGCUUUGAGACGUUGGAGCUCAAGGGCAACCGCCAGGUCGUGCGGGCGUCGGAUGCGCGUCGACUGCGCAGGGAGCUACAGCAGCAGUUUCCGCUUCUGGCGGACCAACAGUUGCAGGUGGUGUGGCCGGUGGGUGAUGGCGUCAAGACGCAAGUCGAGCUGCAAAAGCUUCAAGGCCAUACCUCCCUCUACUUUGUCGAGGGCUUGCCGCUCUUUUACACUGACCAGCCCAAGAAUGUGGGCGCGCCUCGCUUCUGGCCCUCGCUCUACCUCCUGCAGCGUUGCCCGCAGAUUGUGUCAAACGUCGUUAUUUUUGAGGGCGUUGGAAGCAAAAUUAUCAAAGGUGCUGACCUCUUCACCCCGGGGAUGGUCAUUAAGGAGGGCGCAACACCACGCGAGAGCUGGGUGCACGCCACAUUUGGCAAUUUUGCUGCUGGUGACUUUGUGGCCAUCCGUGAACGUGGGCACUGGAUGCCCCUGGCCACUGGUGUUUGGAAUGUCUCUUCCUCUGAGCUUGAGCACCGUGGCCAGCAGGGCUGCUCACUCAACGUGGAGCACUGCUUAGAUGAUGCGCUCUGGCUUGCCGGCGACGGCCGCAUGCCCACCCAACCUCUGACCGACGUCAGCGCUGCCCUGCAAGAGAUCAAGGACAAGGAAAUUGCUGCUGAACACGAAGCCAAUUUGGCUUCACAUGCAGCACAGCUGGAAGAGGCCCGCAAACAGCUCGCAGCCUUUGCCCUCGAUGGGCCGAAGCAAAUUAAGCGCAAGCAAAAAGCCCUCCGCCAGAUUCAGGAGCUACGCGCUAAAGUCGAGGCGGGCCAGUUGCAGCCUGACGCUGAUCAGCAAGACAAGCUUGGGCGUGAGUCGGCCUUGUCACAGGAGCUGGCCGACCUCGAGGCCCGCUUGGCACGCGUCACUGCAGGCGAAGAAACCGCUGAAACACUUGUCGGCCCACCCCCGCCCCCGCCAGGAGCCGCUGGGCCUGAGGCUGGCACGACCCAGCCCGACCAACUGAGUCAGACCACUGCAGACAAUGCGAACUUGGACGCCGAUUCAGACGCCGACGUUGACGUCGACGCUGAAGUCGAUGCUAACACUCCUGCGGCAGCGGCUGAGCCAGCUGGAUUGCCGACCGACAACGCCGAUGGCACACAGGCAGAUGAAGCCGGAGAUGAAAGUGCAGACGACUACAUCAACAUGGAUCAAUGGGCCGAGCGUGCCGUUCUUUUGGCCUUGCGUAAGAUUAAAAAUGCAGAUCUGCCCCUUUUGGUGUCCACCUUCAACGGCAAACACGUCAGCGCCCUUUUACCGCGCAUCAAGCAUCACCCGCCAGAACCCUUCAACAUCCGGCAAACUCAAUUCAAAAAGCUGGCCACGCUGAUGCAAUCCCUCGAAAAACAGGGCGUCGUGCAUUUGAUCGAGCCCAAACAAGGCGUGGUGCACAUUGAUAGAGUGGAUCGUGGCCACUCUCGCCUCCUUGACGUGGAUGAGGACGACAUGCUGCUUACAGAGGAGGAAUUGGCGGCGUCGCAGGCCAGUGAUGAUGCAGACGUGGCAUUUGCCACCACACAAGGAGCCUCCAAGCAAGGCACAAGCGGCUUUGUGGAAGCCCGAGGGGGUAAAAACCCUCGUACCAUUACAUGCGCCUUUGUGCGCAAGCGCCAGAAGAACAUCACCGUCGUCAAUGGCCUAGAGGCCAACGGCAUCAAGCUCGAUGAAGCUUUACGGCGUGACCUUGCCAAUGCAAUGUCAGCCUCUGUGAGCUUUGGCAAGGCCACGGAUCUCAAGCUUGGGCGCCCGCUGCACAUCCAAGGCAUCCACGUGGGGCCCGUCGCCAAGUUUUUGAUGGAGCGAUACCAGAUUCCCAAGGCUGCGGUAAAAGUGGACACGACCAACGUGCCUAAACACCUGCGAUAA